AAACAAUCCCUUUCCCUAUGGUAUACACUUCACAAGUAUUCACACUAGGCUAUACUCAAUAUGGAACACUAAGCUACCGCAAAAAAACUCAUGAUAUCUAAUGAUACCGAGAAUGUUUUUCCCGCCGCAAAGUUAAUUAGAAUAAUCUGUCAAAUUUAAUUCCUUUCCAUUCAGAAAAUCCUAACUGCAUCACUGAAUUUUGUUUUAAUAUUUGCAGUGUGCAUUCACUAUUGUGUAAUGCUUGUUUGUUUGAAAUAGUGACAAGAUAAGAACCGCCAGUGGAUUGUCACGUUAAGGAUGGCUCCGACUGGGAAGGCUGUAACGGGAUGUAAAAAGGCUAAAGCGUUGGAAUCCAUUAAUAGUUGCUUAGCUCUGGUGAUGAAAAGUGGGAAAUGUUCUAUUGGCUUACGGCAAACUCUUCGUCUUUUACGCAAAGGAGGAGCGAGAUUAAUAAUUAUUGCCAACAAUGCUCCUCCAUUAAGGAAAACCGAAAUAGAAUACUACGCUAUGUUGUCGAAGACUGGUGUUCAUCACUACAACGGAACCAACCGCGAUCUUGGAACUGCGUGUGGGAAAUACUACAGAGUAAGCACUCUAGCCAUUGAGGAUCCAGGUGAUUCUGACAUCAUCCGUUCUGCGCCACACGAGGCGGAAACAAAAUAAAUAAUGUCAAACUUAUUUUUCCCCCAAAACGCGUCUUGAGGGAUAUCGCAGGUUCCAUUAUAUAUAUACAUAAAACCGUCAUAAAAUCCGCAUGAUUUCGUCUUGUAAGGUAUCUAACAAGUUUUUUCCUACACUUUCCGCUGUUCAAGUUAAGAAUUAUUUCGAGGUCAGGACCGUUUAUUCGCAGGCUUCUACAUGAGUUGGUACAAAUAUAAAGCGUUUCAGGAAAGUGUCGUAAUAAUUAUGACGGAAAUCUACAUUUUUUCAUGCUGGUCAGAUCACGAAUCACUUGGUCUGGCCGAGUUGUUCGACAAAAGUGGCAUGUAUGACCGAGUAGUGUUACUUUUAAGUUGGUAGUUCUUCCCCCUUUAGUCCCUUAAUUUUGUGGACCCUUGUGUUGGAGGUUGGUUAAACUAACCUACUCAGUGUGGAGACUAUGUACUUGCUGGACAUUCAAAUCAUGGUUCUUGAGGCCUUUACAUACUGUCCUUGCAUAUCAUGAUUAAGAUUUCGGCGUAAUCCUGCUGCUAUGCGCGUGGGUAUGUGCCACUUUCUGAUUAUUUGGGUCAAUAUUACCCCGCGCAAAGCGAUUGCGUCCCAGGUAUACAAAAGAAACUAUCUGAAAGGCUGGUAGGACGGACGUUCUAAUUUUGAGUUAGGUGAACUAUCUCAGCUUAGUGUAGCUGUGGGAUUGUGCGUGCCUGUUAACUGCACAUGUUGUUAUUGGAGGCCAUGUGACUGUCUCGCAUAGUUCUGUAUGACCACAAAACAAUCCAUGUUCUAUACGACGGAUGAUGACAUCCAACCAGAAAUUAUGCAUGGUUUUAUAAACGGCGUGGUUAUCUACACGUAAGACUAUUUGGGUUUCGUCUACUGAUUAAUUCUAGGAGUCCUUUGCGUGCACGAGCUAUUCUGAUAAAACAAAGACGGUCGACAGUGUACUUACAAUAAGAAGUAUAAGUCACUAACCCCCUUGUCAGUGCAUCAAGAUAUGUAUAUGUUGACGUUCUCACAAACUGGUUAAACAGACAAUCAAAAAUGGAAGUUAUUGUAUACAAUCCAUGAAAAGGUAAAGGAAUAUUGUUGCUAAUUAGUGGCUUUAUACCUACAGGAAGGGAUUUACUAAAUAGAGAAGGGAAAUUGGGACAUAUAUUGUAAACGCUGAAAAGAAGUAUCAGACAGUACAUAAAAUCGCCGUCGAAAAACAGUCAUCAGAAUAAGGACACCGUUCCUGUUAAUUACUUAAUUUCACAGCUAACCAAAGCAUCUAUGUUUACAACCAAUUUCAAUUCCUAUUCUUACUGUUAUGUAACUACCUGUAAAAAUUAAAUGAUUAUAAAGAAUCACUAUAGUUUUAAGUUUCCAAAAGUCGUGUCACUAGUAAUUAUAUUGUUGAAGUGCCUGACCACUAUCUAAUUGGUAUUGAAUUUCUACUCAUUAGUAAAACCUAUAUAUUAGUGUAGAGCCCCUACAAACAACGAGUUGAAAAGCAAUAUUUCUUCGUUCGACCUGUGUUUUUGACUACCGAACAGUAAUAGUAGAGAUUUCUUGGCAAAUUUAUUCAAAUAAUCAUGGUGGAGAACGCUACACAAUAUGAUUGAUAAAAAUCAAAAGGAUACAAAAUGCAUAUCUGUUUAGUUGAAACAUAAUGUCUAUAAGAUUAUCAAAUGAUCGAAAUGCGAUAGAAUUUAGUUAAAUUCUGGAGCUUGGAAAAUAUCCCAUUUGGUUAAAUUAUUUUUUAAUGAACAAACAGAAGAUAUAUGUCCCCGAUAAACAAUAAGGAAGAGGUAAAUUAGUCGCUUUUUGCUGCUGAUUUUGAGUUCUUAUAUAAGGAACCACGAAGAAAUCAAGACUAUGGAACAUAUAUUUUCUGUUUAAAACUAACUAUCAGCCCUGACUCCAGACUUAAUAGAUUUAAACUAAAUCUACUGCAAGCUAUUAAGUUUUAAAACAUCCAUGGAGUGCAUCCUUGACAAAGUCAAGUGCUAAUGAAUGGUCGCAGAUAAAUUUCAGUCAGCUACAACGUAGGACCAGGCACAUAUAUACAUCGGUUCAAGUUGCCAUACCUCAUUAACACAACACGAUGAACAUGGGAUUCAUAAAAGUAGUUAAUUCAGAGGUGGUAAUAUAUAAAAGAAAGAUUGCAAUAAGGAUAUACUACAGGAAGUAAGAAUUAGUUCGCAGAAAGAAAGAUAUGAAGCGAUUUUAACCUCUUAGUUUAAGGGAAGACAGAGAGUGUAUACACCGACGCCAUUGUGAUCGAUUCUGAGCCAUGUCAAUAAGAGUCUCCAACCAUUGGUUACGAUAGUCACGCGGACCCCAACCAAGUAGUCUGCAUCUACCAACACGGCUCAGACUAGAAGUUGGUGACUUCAAACACUGAUGCCACGUUUUGGUUUGGCCGCCCCUAACUUUCUUCCAACCAUCUCCAACUUCGGUUAGCAUUGCGAGUCGUGGUAAUCGGUGUUCAGGCAUACGUAACACGUAGCCCAACCAUCUCAGACGAUGAAGAUUCACAAUCUCAUCGAUUGAUUUAACAUCAUUCCCUAAUACCCUGCGUCCAACCUCACUAUUACUGACCCGGUGAUCCCAGCAGACGCCAGCAAUAUUUCUAAGGCAUCUGUGGUCAAAUACUAGUAGCUUACGAGCAUUUUCUACUCUUAAUGGCCAUGAUUCGCUGCCGUAAAUUAAAGCAGAACGAACUGCCGCGCAGUAUACUCGUCCUUCCAUUGAUAGAAGAAUAUCUCGCCUUCAUCAUAUGUAACGUAAGUUCGCAAAAGCCAAACGAGCUUUCUGAAUCCGUGAUGAGACUUCGUCAGACACCAACCCAUUAGAACCAGUCAGACUUCCAAGAAAAGUGAAGUUGUCGACGCGUUCGACUACUUCACUCCCUAUCAUCAGUUCAGGUGUUGACGCAGACCAGUCCUGAAGCAACAACUUGCAUUUAGAGGGCGAGAAGUGCAUUCCAAACAUUCCGGCAUUGUUGCUUAGUGCUACCAAAAGACUCUGCAUUUUAUCGGCGUCUUCACCAAACAGGACUAUAUCAUCUGCGUAUUCUAAGUCGAUAAGUGGACCUCCUGGAAGGAGAUCAAUACCCGAGAAUUCAGUCGACGAGAAUGUUAUUUCCAUCAGUAGGUCUAUGAUGAAGUUAAACAGAAAUGGAGUAAGUGGACAGCCUUGACGGGCACCACUUGAGGUUGCAAAAGUAGAUGACAGUUCGCCAUAAGCUCUGACUCGACUAGUAGUGUUCGAGUAAAGAGCCUUCAUAAGGUUUAUGUACUUCUGAGGUACGCCUUUCAAUGACAGACACUGCCACAGAAUCUCUCGGUCAACAGAGUCAAAUGCUGCUUAUAAGUCAAGAACAACUAUCAUUGUCGGACGCCGAUAAGUAUGCCUGUGUUCUAGAACCUGACGAAUGGUGAAUAUGUGGUCGAUGCAGCCACGACCAGGUCUAAAAUCAGCUUGAUUCUCUCGUGUUUGCAGUUCACGAGUCUUAGUUAGGCGUCCGAUAAUUAUUGAGGCUAGUAUUUUAGAUACUAUAUUAGUUAAACUAAUCCCUCUGUGGUUGUCACAGGAUGAUUUUGACCCUUUCUUAUAUAUUGGGACGAUAAGU